AUGUGCCGCAUGCGGCGGGAGUCGGUGGAGCGUGAGCUCGAGGGCUGCCAAAUGGUCGCCGAACUCUGGUGUCACAGCCUUACGGUCCGCCAGAUCGAGUGCCUUCGUGGAGCGCUGCCGAAAUCGGCAAAGCUCGUCGUAGCCAAAAAUACCAUGCUUGGAAAAUCGACCGAGGACACGUCCUGGGAAUCAAUCUGUUCCUGCGCACGCGACAUGAACGCAUGGCUUUUCGUCCGCUCCGACAAUGAAGUCGCCUCCGCCCUCAUGGCCUGCCGCGACUUCCAGCGCCAAUGGAAGCUCGAUCUCAACGAUUUCACCGGCUGA